AAUACCAUUCCACAUAUAUUCCUCAUGCUGCAGUCACUCCGUGCGAGGCUUUAUUAGGGGGUCGGCUCUUCUUAUCUCUCACACAAUCUGGCACGCGCAAGAGGGUCGGCAUGCGCGAAGGUGAGACAUGAGGAGGCAGAAGGAUUCCCUGUAAUCGGUCCCCUCACAGAAGAAUGGUCCCUGGCAUGCAGUCUACUAAAGCGCAUCUAACAUUAUCAUAAUAUCACGGAAAAACAAGACGGACUACAGGAGUCACUCUCUCCACGAGCGCAGCCUGUCCUGACAACAACCUCCUUUAUUUUCUACAGCAGAGGUCAAGAGACAACAGUUCAGAAAAUCUGUCCUCAGACAAUCAAGUGAUGCUCAAAUGAAGAGAACGAAAGAACGACAACAGAAACACCUGCCGUCCGCUUAUAGUUAAUGGACACAAAAUAGUUUUGAAUAGACAAACAUCUAAUUUGAAGACUUUUGUUCGCAUCACUUAUAAUAAAAUUAGUUUUGCGCGAAACUGAAAUGUUGAUGAGAGGGUUGAAGAUGUGUGACCGUGAGUGACACCAACGAGAGACAGUUUUUACAGUGGAAAUAACUCCUCAGGGGUGCACCCUUGGACAAAGUUGAACAAAUUUAAACUGGGGUUGAACCUUUGAUCUGAAAACAGACCACAAAACAGACGGCCUGAAGAUGAUGCUGAGUCCUGACCAGCCAGACGUCGACCUUCCCUGGGGGCAGCCCGACACAGAGACCCUGCUGAACAGCAUCAAGAUGGAGUGCGCCCCCCUGCCCGCAGAGCCCGCAGAGGGCGAAGGCAAAGCGCGCUCUCUGUCCAUUCCUUCCCUCAGCAGAGAGGAGAAGAGGAGGCGGAGGCGCGCUACAGCCAAGUACCGGUCCGCGCACGCAACAAGAGAGCGCAUCCGCGUCGAGGCUUUCAACGUUGGGUUCGCCGAGCUGAGGAAACUUCUCCCGACACUUCCGCCAGACAAGAAGCUGUCCAAGAUUGAGAUCCUCCGACUCGCAAUCUGCUACAUCACCUACCUCAACCAUGUGCUGGAUGCUUAGGGUACGAGUCAAGGAUGGACAGCGUCAGUGAAGGAGAGAAGACUAAAGAUGGAGACUGGGUAGGGUGAACUGCAUAAGAAUGCUUGAUAGACAUUGUUGCCACAUAUAUGGCCUGGGAGCUCUGCUGUGCCUGUGGUGUGUCCCCAAGUGCCCUGUUUGCUGCCACUGUAGGCCAGAGUCACACAAUAAAACAGGACCUACUGUCUUUCUCAGUGUUGUGACGGAGAGAAACUGCUGCCCCACUGGACUUACCCACAGACUUACCCAAUCCAAUCCAAAUUUGCGGUGUCAGAAAACGCAAUAAUGUCGGGCCGUCCUACUUCUUAUAGGUCUAGUAGCCUAGUAUUGAAAAGCUGUCCUGUUAGCCAAUAUUUGCCAUGGCGAAACUUCUCUCCGGACAGGGCUGAUUUAAAGGACAUAUAGCUGUAGAGAUUCGCUGAAAUCAGUGAUCAAGAUCAAAGUAGAAUAUAAGUGCCACUUAUUUACAGAAAUUAUAUGGUGUAUAUUGUAUUCGUCAUUUGUUUUUAGAUUAGGCUUAGUAAGUUUAUUUAUUGAUCAAUUCAUGUUUAGUCAUUUCUUAUGUCUGGUGUUUGCACAUGCAUAUUUAUAUGUAAUAUAUGUAUAAAACAAUUAUUUAUACUCUGACAACAGAACGAAUACUGUUGCUCUUUGAUGCACUUUUUAUCGGAUUUUAUCUAGUAAAAAUUUCCUAAAAUGUAUUUGAAAUCCCUGUUAAAUCCAGAGGUUGCAAUGGAAAUUGUAGUAUUUCAUUUAGGAGGGUGAGACACAGUUUCAGCUUUAAGCCUACAAUUUCAUUAUUCGAUUUUGCGAUUGUCCAGAAGUUUGUUGGUUUCAUGUUGAGCUUUUUAAGACAAUACAUUUUUUUUCUGUGACAAAAACUCCAUCGUUUCUGUAGACAAUACCUGCUUUCCAAAGAUUGCUUAACAUUUCAGGGGGGCAUAGAUAUAACACACUGAAACAGCUUUGCUAAA